AGUCUCAUUCGUUGCGCUUAGAUCUCUCGCCCCCUGAUCUCUCCCGAGGCGCGAGCAGGACGACGCCGGCGGGCGGCUCCGGCGACCGGAGACUCUGCGGUCUUCCCUCCGCCCUUUCCAUAUUGCUGUCAGAGUGGAACAAAUCUGUUGCUGGAAAUGGCAAGUACAGCAUGUUUCGUGAUUGUAAGUAAGAACGACAUCCCAAUAUAUGAAGCAGAAGUUGGAUCCGCACCAAAGAAAGAAGAUCUGGCUUAUCACCAUCAGUUCAUCCUACAUGCUGCGUUAGAUGUUGUUCAGGACCUAGCAUGGACCACAAAUGCAAUGUUCCUGAGGUCGGUUGAUAGAUUUAAUGAUCUUGUGGUGUCUGUUUAUGUAACCGCCGGUCAUACUAGAUUCAUGCUGCUCCACGAUUCACGCAGCGAGGAUGGAAUAAAAAGCUUUUUUCAAGAGGUCCAUGAACUUUACAUCAAGAUAUUCCUCAACCCGCUGUAUCUGCCUGGCUCUCGCAUCGCAUCGUCUCAUUUCGACACCAAGGUGAGGGCUCUCGCAAGGAAGUAUCUGUAGCGCGCGGCCGCGGAGCAGCUUGGCGUCGUACAGCAGAAGCAGGGCCGGCAAAAGAUAAUCCACCGCGGUUGUUCUCUUGUCAUCUACGUAUGUUGCUGAAUCAUGUAUGCACACUGCAUUUUUCUCCUCGUUGGAUCCUUGCGUGCGCGCGCCGGUGAAUCCCCACCUUUUGGAAUUGAAUCCGGUUUGAAAAUGGAUCGUGCUGUAUGUACAUGGCAAAUAUGUAAAAACCGUGCAAUCUCCGUGUAGCAUACUAGCAGCAUUGAUUUGAUUUCCUGUCUUUGUCCUGCAUC